AUGUCAGCCGCGCAAGGACUUCUGAACAGCGUCUUUUCCUGCUCGUCACCUGCCUCCAAAGCGAUUGCCAAGCGGAGGCUGCGCCAGACACGCAGCCUGGACCCCGCUAUCAUCAGACACUGUGACACAGGGAUCGAUGCAGCGAGUGGUGCUUCGUUUUUGGCUGCAGCGGCUGCUCCGGACGCAGGUGCGUCCCCGGAGCGCUUAAGUGUGAAACCGGCUUUACGCGCCAAGAUCCCUACGUUUAAGGAACCAAUUACACCCUCCAUCUCCUCUCCUUCCAUACCUCUGGAUGUCUCCCCAUCCUCCAACUUCCACUUUGACUAUGAUAUUGUGAAGCGUGCUAAACGGAAUACCGCCGGGGAUUUGCCGGUUCUGGUGAGGGGAGCGUCGUCCGGAAGCACCGGGACGCUCUUCUCCCCGCGGAGGUGGCUCCAGAGGAAAGUGCAGCAGACCUGCCCUCACUCUUACGUUGUGUGGAAGUUGGAGGGUGAUUUCACCUGGAGCAGCCUGUCGGGGCGGACAGUGCGGCUGACCCCAGUGGCCAUCCAGAGCCUGUCGGAGCUGGAGAGGGCCAGGCUGCAGGACGUGGCCUUCACCCGCUUACUCCAGGACUAUGACCUGGGAUGUCAGAUUACCAUGCCAAAAGAUGGACAGAAGAGGAAAAAGUCACUGAGAAGGAAGCUGGACUCCCUAGCUAAAGAGAAGAGUAAGGACAAAGAAUACAUGCCCCAGGCCUUCAGUAUACCCCUCUCCCAGGUCAUCGCCAACGACAGGACACACCGGCAGCGUCAGGAUGGCUAUCGUCAGGACCCUCCUCAGCGGGAGGAGCAUAAAGACUCCUCCGAUCUAGUCUCGUCCAUUCUGCAGUUUGCCACCAAACGACCAUCCAACAAGGAGUUAUCAAGCAGUAACUCCUCACUGAGUUCCACAUCAGAGACUGCCAAUGAAUCCACAUCCCCAAACACUCCUGAAUCUGCACCGCGGACCCGCAGGAGGGGAGGCAUGUCAGUGGAUUCCAUCACAGACCUGGACGACAACCAGUCCCGCCUCCUGGAGGCAUUGCAGCUCUCCCUGCCGGCCGAGACGCCCAGCAAAAAGGAAAAGCACCGGGACAAGAGGCUGAGCCUCAACCCCAUCUACCGACAAGUGCCUCGGGUCGUGGACAGCUGCUGUCAGCACAUCGAGAAAUACGGUUUGCAGACAGUUGGAAUCUUCAGAGUUGGAAGCUCUAAGAAGAGAGUCCGACAACUGCGUGAGGAGUUUGACCGGGGUGUGGAUGUUCAGCUGGAUGAGGAGCACAGCGUUCAUGAUGUUGCAGCUCUGCUGAAAGAGUUCCUGAGGGACAUGCCUGACCCUCUCCUGACUAAAGAGCUCUACACAUCCUUCAUCAACACCACAUUGUUGGACUCAGAUGAGCAGCAGAGCGUCACUCAGCUUCUGAUCUACCUGCUCCCAGCAUGCAACAGUGACACUCUCCACCGGCUGCUGGAGUUCCUGUCAACUGUGGCUGACCAUGCACACAACCAACAAAGCAAAGAUGGGCAGGAGAUCACUGGGAACAAAAUGACAUCGUUAAACCUCGCAACGAUCUUCGGGCCCAACCUGCUCCACAAACAGAAGAGCUCUGACAAGGAGUUCAGCGUCCAGAGCUCCGCCAGAGCUGAGGAGAGCACGGCCGUCAUUGCUGUGUUGCAGAGAAUGAUUGCCAGCUAUCAAACACUCUUCAUGGUGCCCCCAGAUCUUCAAAAUGAAGUUCUGAUGAGCGUUCUUGAGACUGACCCAGAUGUGGUUGAUUACCUACUGCGGAGAAAAGCAGCACAAAGUCCGGAUCUGUUGCAAUCAGAGGAGCCUUUCAACCUGAGUGAGCGGCAUUCAUCCAGCGAUUCCAACAAGGUGUCCAGUGGGGAGGUGUCCCCUUAUGACAACAACUCCCCCGUCCUGAGCGAGCGCAAAGGAGAACCAAGCAGCCCGGGCAACCAACAGCACUUCCGUGUCCCAGAGGAUUACUCUACGGUGGGGCAGGUGGCUGGCCUGAGCAGGGAGCCACUAUGUGACACUUGGGGUUCCAAAGAGGAGCAUGCUAACAUUUGGGGCACAUGGCACAGUACUCUCAAACCAGCACUCAAGAACAAAGCAUAUACAGGUUCCCAUGGCAACGUGUCAGAGGGAAGCUCCCGCAGUUCACAGGAAGGCCUUGAUGGAUUCCAUGGUGACGCCAAGCCGCAGAUAAUGGUACAACGGACUCAGACAAUGCCCGGCAUCACAGAGAUCAGGCCCCACCCACCGGUCACCCGCGUGUGUACCAGCCCUCAUGUGGAGACAGGGCGAGCCCGCCUCCAACCAAACAUCAACCCCGUUGUGACGCCACACCUCAAUAGCACACAGGGCCUCCAGCGGGCAGGUGGACAAGGGCUUAACUCUUUCACCAGACCUCAUGGUGAGGUGAACACAGGCCAGGGAGGCCCCACUAUGCCCAACGACACCCGCUCUCCUCCCCCCUACAAUGCCAAUCACAGAGUUGCAGGCUCACAAACUAACCCUCAAACUGUGGCGUCUCAGAGGCCCAGCUCGGUGCAGGGUCACUCAGCCUCGUCCAGAGAGGCACAAACGAUGCCGCAGAAUCCAAACUGGCAGGACUGGCAGAGGGAACGAUGGCAAAUCUGGCAACUGCUGUCCUCGGACAAUUCUGACACACUGCCUGAAACACUGGUGUGAUCUCGAUAAACUCCCGCUCAGUCCCGGUAGCUUCUGCUUUCUCAGUCAGCCUAUGUUCAAUCAAAUCCAUCCCUAUGAUGUCACCCCUCAUUUCAAUCACUGACUUCCCUCUGCCUUGCCUUUCUGUGCUCAUCCUGCGUAUUAGCGCCAUGCCACGGUUGUUUACAUUUGCAGCUGCAAAUCUUUUUCACAGCAAAGCCACUAUUAUUUCUUUUGUGUGCAUGGGCCCAUAUGUUUUGUCCAUUUUGACAUGUGACUUAGGAGCAUUAAAAAAUGCCCAUCAGAAAUACCUCAAAAAAUAAUCUUUAACGAUAUCACCAUCCUCUUUUUUUAUUACACAUGUAUUCACAAAGGAAGAUUCUUUUUUUCUAUAUAUUUUCAUUUUAAAAUGUCUAAAUACACACUCUAAGGUGUACGCAUUAGUAAUUGCUGCUAAAUGUUUUUUUUUUUUGCAUGAAUACUAAAAAAUGUAAUUCAGCCGCAUCUUUCUAAAAAGAACGCUGGAUUAUGUUUCCACAUCAUAUUACAUUAACUAAUUGUAUAUAUGUUUAUACUCUAAUUGUUGACAAACAUACACAAACAUUACAUGUAAAUUGAUAUGUAAAAUAUAUAAUUUGCCUCAAAGUAUCUACCUAAAACAAGUCAGUCACUAAACUGGCAAUCUAGAUGCUGAUGACUCCUAUUGUUUUUAAUGUUGAAUGUAACAUGUUUCACUUUUUAAUGGAUGGAAGCUUGCUCAUAUGUGCACCUGCUACCUGCUGCUCUCCAGACACAUUGUGCCAAGGCCUCUUUUCUUCACGACAGGAUGUCGGUCAUCAAGUACAUUUAUUUCUGGAUAACAGCUAGAUGUCGUGAGGAUCAAUUUUCUCAGCAACAAUAGAAAAUAAAGUAAAAAAAAAUUUACAUUGGUAAGUAAUGCACAUUUGAGAACUUUACGAUGAAUAACUCCCUCUAAGAUCUUAUGUAAAAUAAGGUAAAAACAAACCAAGAUGAACAGCUUCACAGGGUUGUAUAUUUGACCAAAAACUAAGCCAGUUCUGUUUCAUUACCUAUUUCAAGUCAAGCUUCAGCUGUGGAAAGCCAUUUGUUCAGGUGCAGCUUUACAAACGUUCACAGAGAAGACGCUUUCUCCUGCAGCCUUUGUCAAAAUAGGGCCCUCCAUUCCCAGAAAGAGUUAAAGCUGUUUUGAACGUUUUCCAACUGUAAUCUGUAUCACCAUGGAAUGAUGGACAGACUAAGAUCACAUCUAAUUUAAUCAAAACGCUUCUGAUGAUCAGCUCAUCAAAUGAGCUGCUACCUUCCACCUUACUUCUUAUGGAAGGAGUUUUUUUUAGCCUCUGCUUCUUGAAUAUGGCUUAGUUUUGGUUAAAUCAAUAAUCAUGCAGUUGAAUCAAUGUUUUUCAUCUGAGGUCUCUAAGACAUUUUCUGGCAACUAAUGCCAGUGAUUGAAUGACACAGUUUUUUAUCAGAAAUAUGUUGGAUUAUUUUUUAAAUAUAUAAUUGUUGGAAAAUUGUGUUCUGUCUUGUAAGGAGGAAAGGAUUCUUUUCAGUAGGUAUUUCCACCCUCGACCAACUCUUGCCAAAUGUAACGUUCAAGUGGGUAUUUGCUGGCAAAUAUUUCCCAUUUUUUCCAGUUUAGAUGUAAUAUUUGCUUAUUUAAAGCAUAAACCCUAGAAAAAAUGGAUGUUUAAUUUAAUUUCAUCGACGUCAGAGUGCAAGACAUGGCAUACUUUGGCAAUGGUUGCGCCGCCAUCUAGUGUUAGGCAGCACGCGUUGGCAAAACCUAGUGUUUCCAUGGUAACCCACCAAACAAUCCCUGCACAUUUCAGGUGGAAAAUGAAUUUUUCUUUGUGAGGAAAUAAUGUGCCAUCCUGCUCUUAAAGCAUGUGUCUUCACGCAGUGUUCAAAGUCCGUGUGUGCUUUUUUUUUCAAUUUCCUGUGAUGUCUGGAGUGUUGUAAUAUAUUGAUAAAAUGUAACAAUGUCAAUAUCAAUUUUUAUUCAAGGAGAAAAGAGAUAAAGAGUAAUCAUUGUGGUUUCAUUUUGCCCAGAUCUUGUUGUUGAUGUUUUUUGAUGACAUCACUGUAAAAUUAGCAGUAAUUUAGUGUUAUUUUCUUCUCUCAUCUUUUUAAAAAUAUUUUGGUGGGUUUUACUGGGUCCAAGUUGAUAUGAAAUGUUUGGUAUGCUUUUGUACUGAGUGCCGUCAUCAAUAUAUGCUCCAAUGAAAUUAAAUCUGUGUAAAGUUUACAUAUAAGUCUGUCGCAGAUUAUAGUGCCAUAUGUUCUUUAAGACACCAAUCCAAUCACUAUAACCUAAAAUCAGAAAAAGAUGGGACCAUAUUCUUUAUUAUUCCAAACUU